AUGGUCAGCGCCAUUUCCCACCAAAGGACGGUGGUAGCCAACGCUAAUAGCACAACCGGUUUUAGCUUUCGGCUAGCCGCCAAUGAGCACAAUAUCUACCGCCACAAGGAUGGGUUCCUGCAUUUGCAGCAGCACAACCCCUCGGCGGUGAACGGUGGCACCCUACGGCCGGAGACGCAACCGCCACCGGUGCGCAUGCCACAUGAGGUGACCUUUCUUGUAGGCACCGGCAUUGGGCAGCACGAGUACAGGCUGAAGGUGGACGCGUCAAGCAAGGUGACUUGGUUGCAAUGCAAGCUGUGCAUACCGCAGGCCAAGCAGUAUAACCCUGUGUUCGACGGUGCUAAAUCGCCGACCUUUCAGAACAUCACGGGCACAACCAAAGAAACUAUAUAUGCGCAUACAUACGGCCUCUUCGGAUGCUCCCACUCCACUGAGAACUUCCAGAACAAUGGCAUCUACGCCGGCGUUGCCACCAUCAACAGGGCCCCAACCUUGCUCGUCAUGCAGGCCGGGCUGACACGCUUCUCCUACUGCCUCUUCGCCGUCUCCGGCUGCAGGAACACCACCACCAACCGUCAGCAGGAGGGCUUCCUCCGUUUCGGCACCCACGUCCCGCCCAACCUGCACUACAAGACCACUAGCAUCCUACCAGCACACGAGCCAGAGUACUACGUCAGCCUCGUCGGCGUCAGCCUGGGUGCGCGUAGACUCGGCUGA